GUGCGGAGGGUGGGGGCUGGGGUGGCCUUUGUCCCUCCUCCCUCCCCUGCAAGCACUUUCGCUUUUACUGCCAGCCGGACUGCUUUCCUGCCGGGAUCUGGGACGCCGGCCCAGGGUAGACAUGGCACAGUGCGCAUCCUGCAAGCUCGUCAAGUAUUUGAACGAUCUAGAAUCAAGAGAGUUCCAGAUGUUCAAGUUUCACCUGGAGAACUAUCCCCUGGAAGACGGCUACAAGCGAAUCCCUCGCUCCAAGAUGGAGGUGGCUGAAGCCAUGGACAUAGCUUGGGCCAUGGUCCAGGUUUACCAGGAGUCCAAGGCUCUGCAGAUGGCAGUGAAGAUAUUGGAUGGUAUUAACCGGAAGGAUCUGUCGCUAAGGAUCCAAAAGGACAUGCCGAAGAUUUUCUGUCAGAUGCCAGAGCCGGCUGGCGCUAGCGAGGACGACGAGAAUGACCAGCAGGAGAACUCGGAGCUGUACGAUCAAUUUUUCGGAAGCAAGAAGAAAGUGGAGGUGAAGCUGGAUCCCAACACGGCGUUCCGCACGCUGCUGAUCUCCCAAGACCAGAAAAGUGUGCGGCUCGGGGACUGCGCUCAGAACCUUCCCUGCAGCUCAGAGCGUUUUUAUUUUCAGCCCUGUGUGCUGGGCACCCCGGGCAUCUCUGGGGGGCGGCUGGACUGGGCAGUGGAGGUGGGUGCCGGGAAAGGCUGGAUCGUCGGCGCCGUCCGGGAGUCAGUGAAGAGGAACGUGUAUCUCUACAUAACGGCUGAGCAGGGGUUCUGGGGGCUGGAGCUGAACCAUGGGAAGUACAAGGCGCUCAGCACCCCUAAGACGACGCUUUUCCUACGGGAGCCUCUGCGCAGGAUCAAGGUGCAUCUAGACUUCAUCCUUGGAAAACUCUCCUUCUACAACAACGACGCCGGGGAGCACAUCUUCACCUUCAACUACCCCUUCUCCGAGAAGAUGUUCCCCUUCUUCUUGACCUGGGACACGGAGGUCCCCCUCCAGCUCUGUCCAUGUGACUGAGAGCGCCUCCCCACCGCACUCUUUGCAAGAGCAGGGAUGUUACACUCCGGCGUGCAGGCCAAAAUCCCAGCCACGGGAAUCACCCACUGCCACCUGCCUCCGAACUUCCACUUUCACUUUCACUUCCUGUCCGGAUCGGGUGCAAACCCUCCUCGACUGUCUCGCGUGACUUUGUCGGAUGAUAUUUUGUGUUGUUUCUUGACGUCUCCAGCUCUUGGAGCCAUGGUUUUUUGGUAAGAAUCUGCGCUUUCAUUAAAAAAAAAAAAGGUAACUCGUUUUCUAGCACUUUGGGUUGCGGAGAAACCCUGUGAAACCUGACCCUAGAAAGGUCCAACCCCAGAAGGCAAAUGUAUAAAACAAACAAACAAACCCCCCCUCCCAAAGGUUUAUUAUUUGUCAAAUCUUGUGAUUUUUUUUUUCAAGCCAAUCUCAUGAAUUUUGGGGCCUCCCAUUCUGCUAUUUGAGCAGGGGAGACUUAAAGAGCUCAGUCUGCUUGGAGAAGUUUGAGAGGUGACCUGAUUUUGACAUAUAAGUAAGGCUACGUUUUAGUCACAGGUAUUUUUAGUAAAAGUCAUGGACAGGUUACCGGCAGUAAACAAAAAUUCACGGCCCUUGAAUUUUACUUUAUAUCCCUAACUAAAAC